AUGGGCUCAAUCUUCAGGAGUGAAGAAAUGUGCUUGGUUCAACUUUUCUUUCAGACAGAGACAGCGUACUGUUGUGUUAAUGAACUGGGAGAGCUAGGACUUGUACAGUUCAGAGAUCUGAAUCCAGGAAUCAUUGCUUUCCAGAGGAAAUUUGUGAAUGAGGUCAGGCGAUGCGAAGAGAUGGAAAGAAUUCUACGCUUUUUAGAAAAAGAAAUUACAAAAGCUAACAUUCCAAUCAUUGAAAGUGCAGAAAAUGAUAAGGCCCCUUGCCCAAGGGAUGUAAUUGAAUUGGAGACUGCUUUUGAAAAGCUAGAAAAAGAGUUGAAAGAGAUCAACACGAACCAAGAAGCUUUGAAAAAUAAUUGCCUGGAGCUGAUAGAGCUAAAGUUCCUUCUUCAGAUAACAGAAGAUUUCUUUGAAGAGGCAGAAUCCCAGCUGUCAGGCUCUGAGCUACCCUCUGAAGAGUCUGUCUCUGUAACAGGAUUUUCAAGGAGGCACAGCAGUACUAGUGGAGGAGGACGUCUGAAACUGCGUUUUGUGGCUGGAGUGAUCAAACGAGAAAGGUUUCCUGCUUUUGAAAGAUUGCUAUGGAGGGUGUGUCAUGGAAACAUUGUCUUACGUCAUGUAGAAAUCAAUGGCCCAACUGAGGAUCGUAUGGCUGGUGAGUUCAUCAGUAAAGAUGUGUUCAUAGUUUUCUUCCAAGGAGAACAGUUUAAAAGCAAAGUGAGGAAGAUAUGCGAUGGGUUCCAUGCCACAGUGUAUCCUUGCCCAGAAACCUUGCAUGAAAGAAUGGAGAUGAGUGCUGGUGUAAACUUGCGACUUGAGGAUAUACACAUGAUACUUGACCAGACAGAAAAGCACCGUAACAAUUUGCUGCUCUCUGCUGCUAAGGAUAUUCACAAGUGGAAUGUUAAAGUCAAGAAGAUGAAGGCAAUUUAUUACACGCUAAAUCUUUGUAACAUUGACAUUACCCAGAAGUGUUUAAUAGCUGAAAUCUGGUGUCCUGUUACAGACCUUAAAAAAGUCCAUUACACAUUAACAAAAGAAUCAGUCCAGAACGGUUCCACCAUGCCUCCUAUUUUGAACAGAAUAGAGACAAAACAAACUCCUCCAACCUUCAACAAGACAAACACAUUUACUGCUGGAUUUCAGAACAUUGUUGAUGCAUAUGGUGUAGGAAACUAUAGAGAAGUCAAUCCAGCCCCUUAUAGCAUCAUCACCUUCCCUUUCAUUUUCGCUAUCAUGUUUGGUGACUGUGGACAUGGACUAAUCAUGGCAAUGAUGGCUCUGGGGAUGAUCUUGUAUGAAAAAUACCAUAGAAACAUAGAGAUGAAUAAUGAGAUUCUAAGUAUUUUGUAUCAUGGACGCUACAUUAUUCUGCUAAUGGGACUCUUCUCAAUCUACACUGGCCUCAUAUACAAUGACUGCUUCUCAAGAACUUUCAACCUCUUUGGAUCAGCCUGGAAUGUCAGAGCUAUGUUCCAGCCUAAUGGACCUUGGAGUAAUGAAACUUUACAGAAGUCACCCAUACUCCAGUUGAAUCCUGCCGUGCUAGGAGUGUUUUCAGGAAAACCCUAUCCAUUCGGCAUUGACCCAAUAUGGAACAUUGCUGUAAAUAAGCUAACAUUCCUGAACUCCUACAAGAUGAAGAUGUCAGUCAUCCUGGGGGUUAUUCACAUGCUUUUUGGAGUCACACUAAGUUUAUUGAACCACAUUUACUUUAAGGAACUUAACAACAUUUUCCUGGAGUUUAUCCCAGAGGUCAUUUUCUUGACUGCUCUGUUUGGCUACUUGGUCUUCUUGAUAAUCUUCAAAUGGUGCAUUUUCACCGUGUAUGAGUCUGAAAUUGCACCCAGCAUCCUUGUUCACUUUAUCAACAUGUUAAUGUUUACCUACAGCGGUCCAGCAAUGACACCUUUCUACUGUAAGCAGAGGAGUGUCCAAACAUUUUUGGUUCUCAUUGCUCUGCUCGCAGUUCCGUGGAUGCUCCUUAUUAAGCCCUAUCUGCUGUACAGUGACCACCAAAGAACAAAGCAUAAGUUCAGCUUUGGCGAUAUCUUUGUACAACAGGCUAUCCAUACCAUUGAAUACUGCCUAGGCUGUGUGUCAAACACUGCCUCAUACCUUCGCUUAUGGGCCUUAAGCUUGGCUCAUGCUGAACUUUCUGAGGUGUUGUGGCACAUGGUUCUACACAAUGGCUUCACAGCAAAUAAAGGCUUAAGCGCUAUUGGGCUCACAAUCAUCUUUGCUGUCUUUGCUGUUCUCAGUGUAGCCAUUCUACUCGUCAUGGAAGGUCUUUCUGCAUUUCUGCAUGCCCUGCGUCUACACUGGGUGGAAUUUCAAAACAAGUUUUACAAAGGAGCAGGCUAUAAAUUCAUUCCCUUCUCAUUUACAGACAUAUGUAAAAAAUAA